AUGGCGGGCUCGCCGGCGCAGUUCCGUGGCCAGGCGCGCCUCCCGCGCUCCGCGGCCCCGCUCCACUACGGCCUCCGCCUCCGCCCGGACCUCGCCGCGUGCACCUUCUCGGGCGCCGCGGCCGUCGACGUCGCGGUGCGCGCGCCCACCCGGUUCCUCGUCCUCAACGCCGCCGAGCUCGACGUCGACCGCGCCUCCAUACGCUUCCGGGAUUUGGUGCCGUCUGAGGUGGUCCAGUUCGAGGAGGACGAGAUCCUGGUCAUCGGGUUCGACCGGGAGCUGCCUGCCGGCGAGGGCGUGCUAACCAUGGAGUUCACCGGGACUCUCAACGAUCGGAUGAGGGGAUUCUACAGGAGCACAUACGUGUACAAUGGAGAGUCAAGAAACAUGGCGGUUACACAGUUUGAAGCCGCUGAUGCACGGCGGUGCUUUCCGUGUUGGGAUGAACCUGCAUUUAAGGCUAAGUUUAAGAUAACACUAGAAGUUCCAUCUGACCUGGUAGCAUUGUCCAGCAUGCCAGUGGUUAAGGAGACAGUCAGCGGAUCUAUCAAGACCGUUUUGUUAACUUAAUUAGGAACCAAAGUUCGUGUGUACACUCAAAUUGGCAAGACCAAUCAAGGAAAGUUUGCGCUAGAUGUUGCUGUGAAGUCACUGGAUCUAUAUAAAGAUUAUUUUGCCACUCCUUAUCCGCUACCUAAGUUGGAUAUGAUUGCUAUUCCGGAUUUUGCUACUGGCGCCAUGGAGAACUAUGGGUUAGUCACUUACCGUGAUACAGCUUUGCUAUAUGAUGAGCUAUUAUCAUCAGCAUCCAACAAACAACAGGUAGCAAUCACUGUUGCACAUGAGUUGGCUCACCAGUGGUUUGGCAAUCUUGUGACCAUGGAAUGGUGGACUCACUUGUGGCUAAAUGAGGGUUUUGCUUCCUGGGUAAGCUAUUUAGCAGUAGAUUCUUUGUUUCCUGAGUGGAAUAACUGGACGCAAUUCCUUGAUGAGACGACCUCUGGCCUCACACUGGAUGCACUUGCUGAGUCUCAUCCUAUCGAGGUUGAAGUAAACCAUGCCAGUGAAAUUGACGCGAUUUUUGAUUCCAUAAGCUAUGACAAGGGAGCUUCUGUUAUUCGUAUGCUACAGAGUUACCUUGGUGCAGAGCGUUUUCAGAAAGCUUUGGCUUCAUAUAUAAAGAAGUAUGCCUACUCAAAUGCCAAGACUGAAGACUUAUGGGCUGUUCUUGAGGAGGAAUCUGGGGAGCCCGUUAAGGAUUUGAUGACUGCAUGGACUAAGCAACAAGGAUAUCCUGUUAUUUAUGCAAAACUUAAUGGACAUGAAUUGGAACUUGAACAGGAACAGUUUCUGUCUGACGGAUCGUCUGGUCGUGGCAUGUGGAUUGUUCCUAUAACAUCUUGUUUUGGCUCGUACAAUGAACAGAAAAAGGUUUUAUUGAAAGACAAAACUGAUAAGAUUCAUAUUAAAGAAUUCACUGCCUCUCAAAGUUCUGACGGAGAGAAGAGUCAAAACAUUUGGAUCAAAUUGAACAUUGAUCAAACUGGAUUCUGUAGGGUGAAGUAUGAUGAUGAACUUGCAGCUGGACUUGUAAAUGCCAUAAAAGCCAAGAAGCUCUCACUAAUGGAUAAGAUUGGUAUUGUGGAAGACUCAUAUGCCCUUUCUGUUGCUCGCAAGCAAACACUGACAUCAUUGCUGCGACUGUUGAAUGCUUAUCGUGAUGAGUCUGAUUACACUGUACUUUCACAUGUAACAUCUGUAUGCUUAAGCAUUUCUAAAAUAUCAGCUGACGCCACCCCUCAGUUGAACAGAGAUAUCAAACAACUGUUGAUCAACCUUCUUCUGCCAGCUGCCAUAAAAUUAGGCUGGGACCCCAAGGAUGGCGAGAGCCAUCUUGAUGUAAUGCUUAGAUCACUGCUCUUGACUGCCCUGGUCAGACUCGGACAUGAUGAAACUGUAAACGAAGGAGUUCGGCGUUUCCAUAUAUUCUUUGAAGACCGCAAAACUUCCCUUCUUCCACCAGAUACUAGAAAGGCUGCAUACCUUGCUGUGAUGAGGACUGUUAGUGCCUCAAACAGAUCCGGUUAUGAUGCCCUCCUCAAAAUCUACAGAGAAGCAGCUGAACCACAGGAGAAAUCACUUGUCUUAGGCUCCCUGUCUUCAUCACCAGAUAAAGAUAUUUUUUUGGAGGCAUUGAACUUUAUACUUACUGAUAAGGUACGGAACCAAGAUUCAUAUUAUAUUCUUGGUGGCAUUAGCUUGGAAGGACGUGAAGUUGCAUGGGCCUGGCUGAAGAAAAACUGGGAUCAUGUGUUGAAGACAUGGACCACGAGCGAGCUCAUAUCAGACUUCAUCGACUCCAUUAUUUCACCGUUCACCUCCGAGGAGAAAGCUUCUGAGGUCUCCGAGUUCUUCGCGGAUCGCAUCAAUCCAUCGUUCGAGAGAGUGUUGAAGCAGAGCCUCGAGAGAGUGUGCAUCAGUGCAAGGUGGAUCGAGACCAUCAGGAGCGAGUCCCCCAGCCUUGGUCAGGCAGUGCAGGAGCUGCUGCAGAACCAAGCGUAA